GUGAACUGUUCGACGCCGGCAAGGCGGACCGGCUCAAGGGACGCCACGGAGCGAAGUGAAGAACCGUGGCGGCCAGGGCGGCUGGGUGCCCAGCAACUACAUCGGCCCCGUGAACAGCGUGGACAAGUUCUCCUGGUACCACGGGCCCAUCUCCCGCAACGCCUCCGAGUACCUGCUCAGCUCCGGCAUCAACGGCAGCUUCCUGGUGCGAGAGAGCGAGAGCAGCCCGGGCCAGAGGUCCAUCUCGGUCCGCUUUGAGGGGAGGGUGUACCACUACCGGAUCAGCGAGGACUCUGACGCGGGGGUCAGUAUGGCGAUGUAUACGAGGCGGUGUGGAAGCGGCACAACAAGACGGUGGCGGUGAAGACGCUCAAAGAGGACACGAUGGCGCUGAAGGACUUCCUGGAGGAGGCGGCCAUCAUGAAGGAGAUGAAGCACCCCAACCUGGUGCAGCUGCUGGGCGUGUGCACCCGCGAGCCGCCCUUCUACAUCGUGACAGAGUUCAUGCCGCAGGGAAACCUGCUGGACUACCUGCGGGGCUCCAACAAGGACGACAUCGGCCCGACCGUGCUCAUGUACAUGGCCACACAGAUCGCCAGCGCCAUGGCUUACCUCGAGGCUCGCAGCUUUAUACACAGGGACCUGGCUGCCAGGAACUGUCUGGUCGGUGACGCCAACCUAGUGAAGGUGGCCGACUUUGGCCUGGCGCGUCUGAUGAAGGACGACACAUACACGGCGCACGCCGGGGCCAAGUUCCCCAUCAAGUGGACUGCCCCCGAGGGUCUGGCCUUCAACCGCUUCUCCACCAAGUCCGACGUUUGGGCCUUUGGCGUGUUGCUGUGGGAGCUGGCCACGUUCGGCAUGUCACCGUACCCCGGCGUGGAUCUGACAGAGGUCUACCACCUGCUGGAGAAGGGCUACCGCAUGGAGCGACCGCCCGGCACACCGCUCGACAUACACACUCUCAUGCUCAAAUGUUGGCAGUGGGAUCCCAAAGAUCGGCCAACUUUCAAGGAAAUCCACUUUCUCCUAGAAAACAUGUUUGAAAAGUCCAGUAUUAACGAAGAGGUUGAAAAAGAGCUGGAGAAGUCAGAACGACGAGCUCCUAGUUUGCCUUCCAAGAAAAACCGCAGUCAAGAUUCUCCCGAUUUCAUGAAUGACGGUCGCAGCAGUGCAGGUCCGACCCCGCCCACGGGGAGACGCGUGCUGCCCUCGCUGGAGGAGACAGAGGUCACCCUCACCAAGGUCAACGACGCCCUGGCCAGGAAGUCUUCGAGAAAGAAACCCGGCAAGUCUGCGCCGCUGCCCCCUCGGAGAACGACCUCUGUCAAGGACGGGGCGGGGCCCGAGGCCGGGCCGGGGGGCGUGGAUCUAGACGCAGAGCUCAAAAACCGGAUACGGAUGCAGAAAGCCAAACUGGAGAACUCCUCUCUGGCCGAGGUGAAUGAGUCGGAGUUCAUCGACAGUGGCCUUGGGAUGGAGUCUCAGCCGCACCACGGCCACCCCCUCCUGCCGCCCGGCGCCUCUGUCCCUCCCCUGGGCAAAGGUCAAGGUCACCUGGGCUCGCCGACGGUGGCCCGCGAGGACAAAGCCAGCAAGACAGCCGUAGACAACCUGAAGGCAGCUCAAAUCGACCGGUCCAAGUACCUCAUCUCCGAGGUGAACGCGCGCAGCUUCGACAAACACGCGCCGGAGCGCAGCAGCUCGCGGAGUCUGGGCCCGCGUGUGGGCGAGCGGUCCGAGUUUAGCGACGUGCACGGCUCCCAGUACCCCAAGAAGGCACUCCUGCCCCCGCACCACUCCGCUCUGCUGCCUCGCAAGAAGCUCUCGGAGCCCUCGGGACCACAUGAGCUGACCCACAGCGUGAGCGUUGACGACGGCGAGCUAGAGGAAGCAGCCGGGAACCCACGGCUCGGCAAACUGGACGUGACAAAUGUCGCCAAGGCCAUAAACCGCUACGGUACCAUCCCCAAGGGUGUGCGGAUCGGGGCGUAUCUCGAGUCAAUGGAGAGGGAACAGGAGGGCAGAGGUCACGACCUUCCGGCCGUGGAGGACCAGGACUCGGGCACGGACAGCGCCAGCGUCACUUCCUGUCCGCCGCUGGUGGGUGAGCACAACACGCUGGCUGACGGCGGGCCUGGGGGGAGGGUGGGCGGGGUGCGGGCCGAGGGAGUCAGCGAGGACUCCGACCCCGGCAUCAAGCAAGAACCGAACCUCCGGCCCUCGGCCUUUGUCAAGUCUCAGUCACAGCACGGCAUAGGAGAGCCCCCGGGGGGUGGUGGGGGCGAGGGUCGGGGGCCGACCCACGGCCCGGUGGUGGGGUCAGGGGGUCAGGUCAAGUCCCAGUACUCGGGCCUCCUACAGCGCCACAAGUCUGACCUAUCAGCGUCCAGUAAACCCAGCACCCCCUCGGAGGAGCACGGCCUUGGGAUGACCACCUCCACCGCGGCCAGCACCCCCUCCCCAGGCUACCCCACCUCCACACACUUCCCGGAGCUCAGCGGUGUGGGCGGGGCGGGCACUCGACCAAAGCCUAGCCCUCGCUUCUCGCGGCAGUUUGCCGACAACCUGCACAUACAGGAGCAGCAGGGUCAAGGUCGCUCGAUGCUGGGCCCCGACUUCAACAACAUGAACCAGGGGGUUGGGGGGCCCGCGGGGGGCGGGGAGUCGUACCGCCCCCCGGCCUGGAUGGUGGGUCUCAAGUCUCGAGAGGAAGAACAGCAGCUCAACGGGACGCCCAGCAACGUCAGCUCCUUCAAGAUGUACGCCAAACCUUCCCUCAACCUCAACUCCACCGCCGACCAACAGAAGCACUCCCCACAGAGCCAGCCCCCGGGCUCCGGCCCGCCCUCGGCCGUACGAGAGACUAACCUUGACCUUGUCAGCGCGGAGGCGUGCCUCGCGGCGGCGGCCGACUCACUCCACCACAACAGAGGAGACAACGCCGGGGGCUACCGAUCGACCGGCAUCAAGCUUCCCAUCGGCCCCGGCAGUCAGCAGUUCCUCGAGUCCGCCUCCAUGACGGCUAGCUUCGUCGGUGACCUUCACCCUGCCUCGGGGGGGAGCGGGGAGGCGCUGGCUGCCAACCAGACGGAGAACUCGGAGCCCGUUCACCUGGACUCGAUCCGGUCGGCGUCGGAGCGGCUCAAGUCGUGCAUCGACCAGCUGGCCAAGGCGGGCAACAAGUCGAGCACAAACUUUAUGCUGCUCUCCGAGGAGGUCCUGGCGUUCUACGGCCUGUGCUCACGCUACAUCGACUCGCUGCCGCCGCACGCCAAGUUCCACGCCCGCGAGCUGCUGUCGCGUCUGCAAGGUCACAGCCAGAACUUGAAGACGUACACCUCCUCCACGCCCUCGGGCGGCGGCCGCCUGCUAGACGACAUCCAGUCCACCAACAGGGAGAUUAUGACCGUUAUAAAUAGGUAGUUGAUGGCCUCACGCACACACAUACACACACACGCACACGCACACGCACACACACACACACACACACACACACACACACACAGGGAGAUUAUGGCCGUUAUAAAUAGGUAGUUGAUGGCCUCACUCUCACAUAUACACACACACACACACACAGUGUCCCUUAACACCCCCCCCCCCCCCCCAGCCGCUUUUCCCACCUGACAGAGGGUUGUCUGGGUCACCACGCUGUGUGUGUGUACAAAAGUCUGUUCUUGUCAGCUUGUUCACCCGACUAAUCUGUC